AUGAUUCAGUUGGUAUCUUCAUCACGCAUGUGACUACGUCGAUUUCUUCAACCAGAUACACGCGUGGAACAAUGUCCUCGGACGAGGAACUUCAAGAUUUUUUCGCUAAAAAAGAUAAAACUAAGAUCAAAAAAAAGGCAAAGACAAAAACUGGAAAAGAAUCUGUUGAUAGUCCAGUUGACAACAGCGGUAAAUCCAAAGUGAAAAAAGCCAAGAAAAAAGAAAAAGAAAAGGCUCCGGAAACGGAAAGUAAAUCUGAAAAAAAGGACGAUGAAGAAGAAUGGAUCGAUUUUGAAACUCCAGCUGAAGUUGAUUUGAGCGGAUUACGAAUAAAUACCCAGCUAACGCAACAAGUAGAAGAAGAAAGUAAAGAUAUUGAAACUGAAGAGGAAAGAGCGGAAAAGGAUAAGGAAGAAGGUCCUUGGAAGCCUGUAACACAGACAGCUAAACCCCCCACGCCUGAACCUGUUGUACCCGAGGUUGAGCCCACUCCAAAACAAGAGGAGACUGAGCAAAAGUACGUUCCACCGCAAAAGCGUUCAACCUCUGACAAUAGACCAUUAGCACCAGUGGUUCUUGGAAAAUGGAAAAAAUCGGCUCCUAAUAUAAAGUCAGAGGAAGAUUUUCCAACUCUUGGAGCCAUCGUUCCAUCAGACAUUUCAGGAGGAAAUUUUGAAAAUGUACAACGAGGUGGUCGAUAUAUGGACACAAGUAAAUCGACUGUACCGACUCUGGAAGUAGGUAAUAAAUACGGCGCCUUAGCUGAUUAA